AUGCGGCGGAGUUGGCGCACCGUGCUCUGGGCCUCGUUCCUACAAGACGCCUUAUCUACAGCUUCAGCUUUCUCCUUUGGCAACCGGCGAUUCAAGAACGAGGGACUGCUUGAUGCGGGGAAUCUAGGGCUAUCCGCAGGACGGGUUGCGGCGUGGGGGGACGCUGAUGGCGAUCAAUUCACGGACGCCUUUGUCGUCGAUGAUACCGUUUCGCAAGUUUCCGUACGGCUAUGGGAUCACACAACGUUCAGUUUCAAGCCAGCAGGUCCGAAUCAAUCUCUGACAGUGCCUCCAGCCAAUCGCAUACAGAAUGUGGUGCCAUCCGAUUUCAACCAAGAUGGAGUGCUUGACGUGCUUGUCAUGUCUUCCCCAUCCAAGUCCAAUUCUGCGAACGGAGAAUUGCAUCUGCAGCUGUUCUUCGGACAAGGGGGUGGCACAUUUAACCCGAGUGCCAUCGAACUACCGCCAUCUUCUCGUGUUCAGCCGCUCCUUCUCGACGCUACGGGAGAUCUUGGCAUGGAUCUGCUCGGGCAUCGGUCUGGCGCUGACAAUUCAAUCAAGCUUUGGCGCAACGCGAUGGCGAACCCAGGGAACAGCAGCAACGAGCCUUUUUCUAUCGAGAGCAUACCUCUUGUGGACACUUCAGGCAAAAAGACCAAGUCGUCCUGCGCUCUUAGCGCGCCACAUAGCUCGGCCUUCAUUGACCUAGACGGCGAUUGCAUCGCUGACUUGUUCCUUGUUUGUGAAGGUCGCUCCGUCGCGUCACCUAGCUACGAAGUAUGGACGGCACUCAAGAGCGAUAGUCCAGAUAAACUAGCGAUCCCAGCGAGCUACCAGCUUUCGCAACAGGGCGAUCUUCCGUCGGGCGCGGGUAUGCUUUCCUUUGCCGAUUUGGAUCGCGAUGGUACGAUCGAUGUUAUUUUCGCCUCUUGCGAUGGGACGUCAUGCUACAUCAACAUUGCCAAUAAUGAACAGAUGCCUGUCUGCUCCACCCAACCGGCCGACUGGACUCUUCCUUGGCUGACGGGGGACAAGGUACAGGAAGGGGGAACUGCAUUCGUCAAUAAUACAGCGGCACAAGAUGCAUCCUCGAGCAAGCGAGCGAACGAAGCGUGCCGGAACCCGUCCGAGCUGUGCACUGCGGACCCCGCCUUCCGCCUCGCUUUUGGUAAAGGAUUGAAACGCUUCAAUGUGAAGGAUAUGCUUGGACCAGAUUGGACAUUGAUGCUAAGCGACAAUAGCGUGACGCCGGCUCGUCCCGUCUUUCUCUCUGUUGGCGACUUUAACAAGGACGGAUACCCGGACUUGCUUGUUGUCGGGAGCAAUGAGCGACAUGAAAAAUCGCAAGCAUUUUUGUUGCAGAACACUCUCUGCUCACGUGCGCCGCCGAACUCGCCAGGCUGUGACAAUGGCAGCGACUCGGAGGCUCGGACGUUCGUACGCGCCACUGGCUCGGACCCGCUUGAUGCUUUCACAGACAUCGUCGGCGCCAGCUUUGUCGACCUGGACGAGGACGGCUCGCUGGACAUUUUGCUUCAGACUCUGCAGGUCUCGCAGCGCGGAGGUGGCAGGCCGCAGCACGGCGUCAAGUUCAUACAGAACAACCUCUUCUUCGACUCGUUUUUCCUCAAACUGUUGAUGCUCAACGGCGCUUGCGAUGGGACGUGUGAGCGGCCUGCAGGAGCGGGCGGCUCCUUUAAGCCGUGGGGCGUCAAUUAUGCGGGGGCGUCGUAUAAGUUCACCGUGCUCGACCCCAACGGCAUCCGCAGAGCACAGCACGUCGGGCAGCUGCCCCAGACAAGCUACGGCGCGCUGCUGACGCCGACAUCGUACCUCGGCUUGGGGAGGACGAACAAUUACGUCGAGCUACUCGAGAUCGGCAGCUCACGUCGACAGGCGCAGCACGUCCUGUCCAUGGAAGGCGUCAUCCCCAACAGCCAGAUCUUCAUCAAUCCGUGGCAGCCGCAGCGCGAGACGAGCGAAGGGCGCGGGAACCCAUCGACGUGGGGGAAGAUGAUGUACCUCCACCCAGGUGAUUGGAUCACCUGGGUGACCGUCGUGCUGGCCGGCAUCAUCGUCGUACUGCUCGGUGUCGUCAUCCUCCUGCAUCUGCACGAGCGGCGCGAGGACGAAAAGGAGCGCAAGCGUGUCGUGUAUGCCAUCAAUUUUGAUGCGCUUUGA